AUGACUGUGCAGCAUAAGAUAAAUUGGAUCAAGGAAGCUGAUCAUGAGAUUAGCAAAGCCUCUACUCGACCCGAGGACAGUAACACUACAGUAGGAAGGAGCAGAACAAUUUGGCUUAGAUGGAGGGCAUCUACGGACCACUGUUUCACACUAAACGUUGAUGGCAACGUGAAGUAUGGGACUCAGAAGGCUGGAAUCGGUGGUGUCAUCAGGAAUGACAAGGGAGAGUGGAUUGGGGGCAUCAUGUGCAGAACAUGUUAUGAAGACCCUACCAUUGUUGAAGCAAGAGCCAUUGUUGAAUGCUUAGAUUGGGCAUGGAAGAAAGGCAUUUGUGACUUAGAGGUUCAAUCGGACGCUAGUCAAGUUGUCCAGUGGAUUCAAGAUGACUUGGAUGGUCGAAGACCCAUCCGUCAAUGUAUUGAAGAGGUCAAACGGUGA